AUGGCUUUCUCCAAGACUUUGCUUCUUCUUGGCCUUGCUUUUGCUAUUGUUCUUCUCAUCUCCUCUGAGAUAUCUGCUCGUGAGCUUCAUGAGACAAACCAAACCCAGAAUAGUUCAGGAAUCGACGUGGAAGAGUCAUCCAACAAUGGUGUUGGCAACGAUAAUGGAAAGGAUUGCGGGUGCAGCACCCACGGGGACGGAAAGGGGCAGGAUGAGCACGACAGGGAAUAUCAUGAUGAGUGGAUCGAGAAGAGUACUGGACAAACCAAUGUGAAAGAGUCCAACUGUAGUGUUGGCUACAAUGGAACUGACUCCAGUUGCGGAAACAGCAGUAACCAGAACAAUGGAAAUGGCGGCAAUGACCAAGACAAUUCCGGCCAUGAGGGUGAACGACCAUGA